AUGGGUGGAGUGGGCUCUAGAAGGAGCCAGGUGAACAGGUAUGUGGAGUACCUGGAAGAUAGUCCCACUGGACGGACAGCUACGACUGGGUCGGUUGCGUCCAUGUUGUCUGCAAAAGUAGACUUUGACACGAUGAUGUACUUGUCUCGAUUUGGCUUUGGUGUUGGCCGUGCUGAUCCCUUGAUGUCCUUGGAGGUGGAGCAGUACAUGGAGCGCGAAGGGCACCGAAAAUACGAGGUGCGCUGUGCACUCCGUUUGCCCGAGCUGGCAGCACUGGUGGCAGACAAACAGGAGUUGCAGGUCGAAGGGCUCUUUGAUGUGCUGCCUUUGACCUGGAGCUGCUGGAAGCGGCUCUUUGAGCUGCGCGAAAACCUCUACGAACCCGUGAAGGAGUGCUUGGGUGCCAGCUAUGAGAAGCACUUCAAAAAUGCUCCUUUUGCGCUCCGCAUCGGUCUCAGCGGUACGUUGGAACGCCUGGACCUCUGGGUGCAACGCUUGGGAGAGUUGAUUUGUCAGAAGCAGCUGCAGGGCAGAUGCCUGGCGCUCGUCCUCAGGUUUUUGGAUGCGCCAGCGCCUGAGGAGUCGGAGGAUGGCACGCUCAAACCAAAGGCGGAGCAACUGGCAGCUGGAGCUCAAGACGCGACUCAUCAAUCUAGGAAGGGUCAACCCAUCCGCUUCCCUGUGACCGUCACCGUGGGCGCCUGCGUCUUGCAAGAUCGGUGGGCUGAGCCGGCAGAGUGUGUCGUGCGUUGUCUUGCAAGCAGCUCCUCCCACCCAGUGGAGGAGAUCAUUGGCACUUGGAGCUCACCUCCUCACAAUGUGCCCAGCAAAGGUGUUCCUGACGGACCGCUCAUCGGCAACGGCCGCCUGGGCGGCGUCCUAGGUUGGCACUCGGAGUCUGAGCACCCGAGCGUCGACCUCCACCUGGGCCACAAUGGUUUCUUUGCGGCGCCCAGCGGUGGCGCCAGCAGCUGCGGGUAUUCGGCCGGCGGGCGGAAGGCGCUAGCCGGCUUGACUUUGGAGUUUCCUGGCCUUGCCGGGGCUCAAAUGAUGGCUCAACAGCUGGCAGCUAACGGAACAGCUUUGAUUAUGUUGAAAGUGGGGUCAGCCCGAGCGCUCACUUUGAGCGCCUUCAUCCACGCCACAGAGGAUGUUUUGAUGGUGGAACUGCAUGGAGGUCUUAGCACUGAGGUGCUGGUGACGCUUUGGACCUUCUCCGGGUGUCACGGCCCGCCGCGGCCGCCCGUCUCGCCCAGCACCAGGGUCGCCCAGGGCGGCGCGCCGGUGUCGAAGACGACCGGUGCCACGAGCGACCGGCUGCCCUCGCAAGUGCUGGCCGGGGAGAAGGAGCUGCGCGUCGCUCGCGGAAAUGGAUGGCCUUUCCAGGCCACUUACUUUCCCGUGCGAUGGUUUGGUCUUUCGGCGACCCUGGGUGGCGACCCUGGAUCAUCCAGCUUCACCGAUGUGGAGGCCAUGGGCCGCUGCGGCCCUGAACUCUUCCUACGAGGCCCCUGUGCCAAGGGCACCUGGCGGCCAAAGGAGGGCGAUGGGUGGCUGGCGGUGCGACUGGGACGAUGGCCGCUGAUGGAGAAGCCCCAGUUCUCAUCCUUGAUGCCUCUUGCAGAGCUUCGGGCCACACACUGGGCAUCCUGGACCAACUUCUGGGAACGGUCCUUCAUCUGCAUCCACGACUCAGCCGUGACCAUGUUUCACUGGUACAUGAGCCAAUAUUUGUUACGCAUCUCUUCGUGGCAUGGCCCUGCGCCGGGCCUCUUUGGACCCUUUGUGGUGGAUGAUGAGGUGGUCUGGUCGGGCGACAUUACCCUCAACUACAACGCAGAGGCUGUGUACUACAAUGCGGGUGCUGCAAACCACCUGGAGGCCUUUGAACCAUACUUUCAAGCCAUCCUGGACUUCAUUCCCGCGGCUCGUCGCAUGGCUGCGGAGCUUUAUCCCAAUUGCCCUGACUCGCUGGCCUUCCCGGCGCAUCUGCUGCCGGAGGGCGUGCAGGUGCCAGGCGUUGGCCGUGGCGACCUGGGGCAGAAGCAGAUGGGUUUGUUUGCGGCAGUGCCCUUCAUUUUGUACUGGCGAUACACUGGAAGUCUGGCGUUUGCAGAGAGGGCCCUGCCCUUCCUCAACGGGGUGGCACGCUUCUGGGAGUGCAACCUUGUGGCUGGCGAAGAUGCUUACUUGCAUGAUGCUGAGGAUUGUGCCGAGGAGAUCUGCCUGCCGGACGGCGAUGUCCAGCCGGAUCCGACGGUGGUGCUGUCUUUGCUGCCGGGCUUCUUUCAGACUCUGGCGGAGAUGACCGAGCUGCUGGACCCGGAGCGAGCCCGCCACGGCGACGCGGGCGCCCCCGCGAGCGCGAGCGCUCUGCAGCAGCUGGCGCGCCGGGUGGCGCCCUACGCCACCGAAGAGGUCGAUGGCGCCCAGGUCGUCGCCGACUUCUACGGCGGCGAAUCGGCGCACGGCCGCGAGCUGCGGCUCCAUGCAGGUGGCUCCGUUGCUUGGGGCGGGCUAUUUGCAGCGUUUCCCCUGGGCACUGUGCACAGGCGCAGCCGCAAGGAGGAGAUUGAGCUGGUUCAUCGGUCGCUGGUGCGCUUCUUUAAGCAAUGGCCUGGGGGCAAGCAGGGCAACAGCUUCCCCCAUGCCUUUGCUGCGGCUGCGCGGGUGGGCUGGUUCGAUGGGUUGCUGGAGGUUUGGGAGUCCUAUCUGACCAAUACGUCAGAUCCCAAGUGCCGCCUCUACAGCAACGGGAUGGUCUUGGGCUGUGGUGGGACCGGCUUGGAGAAUGUCGGAGGGGCGGCCUUUGCAUCAGAGAUGCUCUUAUCCACUGCCGGUGGCGUUUUGGAGGUCUUCCCGGCGCCCCUCGACACCGUCGCGGCCUUCCGCCUGCGCGCGCCGGGGCCGCUGCUGGUGACGGCGCAGAUGGCGCCCGGGCACCACGUGACGGAAAUUGAGCUGGAACUUCCGACCCCUUCGGAGGAACCUUCGGUGGUGCGCACGGAUUGGUUGGUGCAAUCACCUUGGCCGGGCCAGGACGUACUGGUCAAUGGGCAGGUCACUAAUGUGGGCGCUGACGGGCUCUUCCGUGUCUUCCUGACAGACAGGGAGGUCGUGCGCAUCACUGGUGCAAAGAGGGUAGAGAGAGAGAGAGAGAGAGCCUGAUGGGUGGUGCUGGGUUCAUUUUUGGAAUGCUGUGUGAUAAAUGUGACUGCGCUAUGUGAG